UCCCCAGCGCUUUUGUCUACAUUCUUGGCCGUUGCUUCAGUGUGGGUGGUUGUUGGUGAUGUGCCCCGGUUGAGUUAACGCCAGGCUUUGCCCCACCCCCUUGUGUUUGUGCCAGCAGGCGGUGCCGUCGGCUGGCAAUUGCCACGGUGCCACAACGUCAUGGAUCAUCCACCACGUCCUAACGUGAUGUAUCGCCGGGCGGCGGAGGAGGAAGCGGCUGCCCGUCCACGCGGGCACUGCGGGGUUGACACCCCCCGUCCCCGCCCACAGAGGGACCCUCGGACUGGAACACUGCCGGGCAUCUUCGUGCCAGAGCAACAACAGGAGGACGUGUCUGCUGCCAACAUCAGAGGGAUUGGUGUGGAGAGACCUGGCCUGCCCGAUGGUGCUGGUGCUGGUGCUGGUGUGGGGGAUGAGGAGCAUCCUGCAAGGACUGGUGCUACCCCUUCUUCUCCCCCUCCCCGUGGCCCACGAGACCCCACCACUGCCUCCGCAUCCCCAGGCAGUCUGAGGACCGUCGAUCUCCCCCGCGACUUCCGGAAGGUGUUUGUGACGUACUCCUUGGAUACAGCAAAUGAGAUCUUCCCCUUUGUCAACUUUCUCCGCGGCAAUGGCUUUGAGACGACAAUCGACAUGUUUGAGAACUCAUUACGUGGAAUGGACAUCACCAAGUGGAUGGAAGGAUACGUGACCAAUAGAGAAGUGAUGAUAGUCAUCGCCAUCAGUCCGAAAUACAAGCGGGAUAUCGAGGGAACUGGAUUUCAGCAACUGGGAGAUGAGCAUGGCUUGCACACCAGAUACAUCCACAAAAUGAUGCAGGUUGAAUUCAUCCAACAAGCAAGCAUGAACUUCAGAUUUAUCCCUGUAUUAUUUCCAAAUGCUACCAAGACACACGUGCCCGUCUGGCUGCAGAACACGCAUGUGUACUCGUGGCCGAGAGACAGCAAGCGUAUCCUGCUGCGGCUGCUGAGGGUGGAGGAGUACGUGGCCCCCCCCAUCGGGCAGCUGCCCACCAUCCGCGCCGUCCCCAUCAAAACCCUCUGAGUGGCUCCACCUGUCCACGGAGCUCCCCUACCCUCCCCUCCCCUCCCCCCCAACGUCAGGGAGGUUGGGCAGCCCGCCCAAAGUGGACGUCACGCAGGUGGCUGAACAAGGGUGCUGACCCGAAACUUCGCCCAUCCGUAAGCCGUCAAGAGUCAAGAGUGUUUUAUUGUCGGUGUGUCCCAGAUAGAACAAUGACAUUCUCAUCUGGAGCAGCGCAACUCAAUGUGACAUUGGGGCAGUUCGGUGGUGCAGCGGGUAGAGUCGCUGCCUCACAGCGCCGGAGACCCGGGUUCCAUCCCGACUACGGGUGCCGUCUGUACGGAGUUUGUACCUUCUCCCCGUGACCUGCGUGGGUUUUCUCCGGGUGCUCCAGUUUCCUCCCACACUCCAAAGACGUGCAGGUUUGUAGGUUAAUUGGCUUCUGUAAAUUGUAAAUUGUCCCUAGUGUGUGUAGGGCAGUUUUUUAGUAUAUGUGGUUAUCGCUGUUAGCGAACAAAGAUCUUGAAGAAAUACAAAACAUUGCUAAAGUUCUCAAAGGUAUUUGUAAUGCACAAAAUAUCGACAUGAAUAUAGAGUCUGUAGCUUGUUUCGGGUAUGCACCAGUGACCUCAGCUGAGGUAGAAAGAAGAUUUUCACAACUGAAGCAUAUUCUGACUGACAAACGACAUAGUUUAACACCAGAUAAUUUGAAAAAAAUGCUAGUAGUAGUACAACAAGGCACCUUUGGUCAUUUAAUGUAAUAUACCUUGAUAAUUAGCAUUUUUAACCAUAUUUUGGUGGUGGAAAUACGUGCCUUUUUAUGCAUUUUUUUUGUCAAUAAAUGCCUUUUCGUGUCUUUUUUUGUAAUUUUAUGAUGCCAUUUUGCCUGCCUAUUUCAGAGUUUUAGCUCCUAAACACCCUGGCCCUAUCGAUUACAUUUGUGCAACUAAGGGGAAUAAAACAGGGAGAUGCCCUAACAGGAUAAAUGAAAAUCUUUGUAAAUAAAAAUAACAUGGGUAAAUAAAACUCAUUGAUUUCAUUAACGUCACCACUAACUUCCACCCUGCCUUCACAUUCACCUGGACUAUCCCUGACAACCCUCUCAAGGGUGGUGGGUGUACGGAACGCGCUGCCAGAGGAGGUAGUUGAGGCUGGGACUAUCGCAAAGUUUAAUAAACAUUUGGACAGGCACGUGGAUAGGACAGGUUUAGAGGGAUAUGGGCCAAAUGCAGGCAGGUGGGACUAGUGUAGAUGGGACAUGUUGGUCAGUGUGGAUCAAAUGGGAUGAAGGGCCUGUUUCCACGCUGUAUCACUCUGAGACUUUCCCUUUUCCUCAUCUCUGUCUCCACAGGGGGCAGACUAUUGACACGUCCACUACAAACCUACCAACAGUUAUCUGGACUACACUUCUUCCCACCCUGCCUCUUGAAUGAAUGAAUGAAUAAGUUUAUUAGCCAAGUAUUCACAUACAAGGAAUUUGCCUUGGUGCUCCGCACAC